GCUUAGGACCGUUUACUUUUAAUACAACCUAAUCCUGGCCAUUCUUGCAACGCUCUGGCAUGACACCGACAAUUCUAUAACAUUCAACGCGCCCGUCCGGGAUGAUAUUCGAGAGCCCUACUGAUCAGUAGCUCGAUUGCUCAGACCUUCAUAAGCCUCCGUUGGUUCGUAGGUUCGUAUCAGGAGAGCAAUCCUCAGGAUGAGUAGAUCGAGCAAGGUAGCGCAAUACUUGGCAAGAUUGGAAGACGCAAGAUGUGAUGGGAAAUGGGAUGAUGUGCCAGAAUUGGUACGAAAGGUCCGAAAACAUGCCACCGAUAGGUUAUGCCUAACGACGACUGCCGAGACCGAAUAUGCUAUCAUCAAAGCUUCUCAGAAGCAGCGCCCCGGCUCAAGGCCUGCUACCGCCGUCUCCCCAACAGACCUGGACGUCGCGCAAUUCGUGCCUAAGUUACUCGGUGCGAUUGAGGCCGGAUCAUCAGUAACCGAAGACAAAUAUCAAGCUCAAGUCUGUCUUGGAUGGAUUCAUUGGACUGUCGGCGAUUAUGCUGAGGCCUCUGUUCGCUUACCACAGAAUCUGGAGAACGAACUAGGCCAAGAUCAACCGACUGGCAUUUCAGAGUGGACAAGAGUGUGUUCUAUCAAGGCUGCAUAUCUGAAGGCAAAUUGCCUUGCACGGAAUAAUGAGAGGGUUGCUGCACUUGCUGUCUUCGAAUCUGCACUGGCUUCGUUGUCGUAUGUAUGGUCAGGCGAGAAGGGUCGCAAGCAGUUGCGUUUUUGGGCUGAGCUGUUUUUGACCGAAUUCUGCAUGUUGCAAUCUCAGGCCCUAGAAAAAGGCGAAAAAACUCUCGAGGACCCUAAUUCACUGGCACCAUUUCGAUCAUGGGCAAAAUACUGGGAAGUUUCUAAGGCCCAAGGCUCCGCUCUUGUCGGUGGUUAUGGUUUUCGUGGGGCCGUACCGAGAAGGAGAGUGUGGAACGAAUAUUACGCUGCCAUCUCGGGCAUCCUACAGCAAGACUUGCCGUUUCCAACGGGCUUCGUGGAUGUCACCAAUGAAGCAUCAGCUUAUAAUCAGCUUCGGGCCGAGUUAAAGAAGGUCGAAAUAGCCUACGAAGGAUUGCUUCUCCACGAAACGUCUUUCCCACGAGCCGAAGAACAAAGGCAGGAAGUGGAAGACUUCGUUGCGGCGGUAAUGAAAAACUGGAGCGUCCUAAAUGGACGCGACUGGCAUGAACAAGACCUUGGGCCUGGUGGUAAAGAAGGUCUCAGUCGUGGGAUUUUGGAUAUCCUUUACCGAGCGGCUACGAAAACAUAUCAUUCUACGGCAAUAUUACGAUACCUAUUUACGGUUCAUCUUUCAGUUGCUGAGUUUGAUCUAGCUUUCCAUGCUUUCGAUUCCUACCUGGAGAUAGUCAAGAAGGGAAAGGCUCGAGUUGAUAAGACCGGUCAUCCGGAGCCCAGUCUUGAUGACGAUGCGACAGUCUUGGAAAUUAUUUCUCAAGCGAUCACUGCUCUCUGCAAAUAUGGCUUCAAAGAUGCUGCCGAAAAGGCGCAUAGUCUCGGGGUUGAAUUAGAAGGAAUGUUGCAAAAGUUACCGGCGCCACUCCCUAAUUCCCAGGAUAAUAUCACUACACUAGAUGAAGAAGACGGAGAUGGUGUUAUCCUACAUCCAAGAAUAUCGUCCCGGGUCUAUGCCUUAUCAUGGCAGGCAAUCGGUGUCUCACAAGCACAGUGGUCUCGAGCAACUUUUGAUGCAUCUGUACGAACAGAAUAUCAGGCAAAGGCCAUUCGAAGCUUUCAAAAGUCGCUAUCGCCUGAGAACGGGAACCCCACGGAUGUUAGAACUCUAUUCACUCUCGGUCUGUUAUUGGCCGAGCAAAGAGAGCUGGCCGCAGCCAUCGAUAUUGUUAAAGCGGCACUUAUGUCUAAUAAGAAAACCGUGGAACAAGCUGAGCAUGGUUCAUACUGGCGAGAGCGCUCGUUAAUACCAUUGUGGCACCUCCUUGCUCUCCUCCUUAGCGCUAGACAGGAUUUUAUAAUGGCUGCUAGGGCCUGCGAGGGAGCAUUUGAGCAGUUCGAUGACCCAACCGUUCUGUUCGGUUCACAAAAUCUACAAGGCACAUUCCGCAGCGAACACCUCAACGAGGCGGAAGCUAGGGAUGAAAAGACCCAAUCAAGGGGACUCGUCGACGAAAUGGACGAUCUUGAAAAAGAAGGGAUGAUUGAAGUGAAAAUGACCCAACUUGCUCUUCUAGAACUAUUAGAAGGACCGGAGGUUGCAGUAAAUGCAAGCCACGAGUUAUUAGUGCUAUACGCGAGGCUAUUCAGCGACUCCCAACCGAGAGCACCAGCUACGACUCAAAAGGCCCCGGUGGAGGUCCCCAAAAGCUCAGCUGGUACAAUCAGAACUAUGCGUACUGGUAUCUUCGGUAGCAGGUCAGAGAAGACCCCUCCUCGCGGCCUCGCUCGGGUGGGCACGGGAGAAAGCGGCAAAGCCACUAUCGUGCCUGAGAGGCCUCAAACUACGCAGACGGCUGUCAGCGUUUCUACCACCGCUACAACAGCCCCAACCAUACAGGUUAAUGGCGAGACUGGUGAUUCGCGACGGUCUAGGAGGUCGUCGAGUGUUCGCUCACGACGUAGUGACUCGGGGAGACGGAACAGCUUAAGAAAGCGAGAGCCAAGCGCUCAGCCGAAGCGAACCACCAGCAAUGCAAGUGCAUCCCAUGCCCCAACAAAUGUGGAUGGUGAAGACUUCUACACCCCUGCGGCAGAUGGAAUAGCACAGGAACGAGCAGACUUUUUCACAUGGAGUAGCAAAGGUGACGUAGCUAGGCAGCAAUCUUUUUCGAAGGGCCGUGGACUACUUCGAUUUGAUUCUUCCGCUUCUUCGACCAGAGGGUCUGCUUCCGAUAGCCUAGGUCUCAGUCCGCUCUCGUCGCCUAGCUCGCUACCCGUAGUGCAAUUUGCGAAAGACCAAAUCAAACGUCAGAGGCAAACUGUGCUCGUUAAAGUGUGGUUAAUGAUUGCUACAUUCUACCGCCGUGCCAAGAUGUUUGGCGAUGCAAAGGGAGCAAUCGACGAGGCGGUAAACUUGGUAGACAACCUAGAAAGCGAGGUGGCCAAAGACACCAGCGGCUCUGUUACCCUGCGGGAUCCUGGUUGGGGCGGAAAGAAAGCCGUCGAGGAACUUUGGGGUGAUGUGCAGAGUGAGUUGGGCUAUCUUGCCCUUGACGAAAACGCACAUGACGUAGCAAGGGAUCACUUUGAGGAAGCUUUAAUGCACUACCCAGAUCAUCCGUCGGCUACGGUUGGGUUGUCCAACAUUCUUCUUGACAUCUAUAACGAAACGCUUUUGCCACCUGCUGCAAUUCCCAGCAUCACUCUACCUGAUGGGCAAUCAACGAAUCUAAUGCCACCAAGUUCUAGCCCUCAGGAGUCCCAGGCCAACCCUAACAAAACAGAAGACAUCCUAGCACUGCCAUCCACACCUUUGGGUCUAGGAAGUAACUUACUAGAGUCCAACACACCUAGUCCUCUUCAUAAAACCAACGGCCUUGCAGCGGAUGAGCUUCCUCCUCCUUACAAAGCCGUUUCUUUGCCUCUCGUUGACCGGCUCGCUGCUAGAGAUAGAGCUUAUGGAUUAUUGUCCGGUCUUACCAAAUUGGGCACAGGGUGGAAUUACUCAGACGCAUGGUUCGCCUUAGCUAGGGCGCAUGAAGACAGUGGACAGCCAGACAAAGCUAAAGAAGUGCUUUGGUGGUGUGUGGAGCUCGAAGAGGGAAUGGGUGUCCGCGAAUGGAAUUGUGUCAGCGCCAACGGCUACGUGCUAUAGGCUAAUCAACGUCUCAAGCAUUCAAAGACCGACACCACGGUUCCUCGUCCGAUGGACGGAGCGCCUGUAGAUAUGCAACUCGAAGACAAAAAAUUGGCGAUUUAAUGGGGGUUUGACGGAUAUAUUGGCACGCAAAAGACUUGCCUCUGGCGCAGACGUCAUUGUUGGCUCACGCCGUAUUUUUCAGCCGUGUUAGGACGAUGCCCUUGUCAGGUUUCUCGUUCUCGAGCCAGGAUUGAUACCCUUGUGGCGUAUUUUGUUCUCAGAAAGAUAUAUUAAUGAUUUAUAGACUCAAUUCGAAAGGUGAUCCCUGGCUAGGUUACAAUUAGUCAUUGCUUGUUAACGGGAGCUCACUGCAUUAAGCCUCUUCUUAUUCAUAAAAACACCGAUCUAAACUUCAACAUGAUUCGACUGCUUCGUGAUUGGCAUGAAGCGAGGCUGGAGAUCUCGGUGGACGGUAAAAAAUUAGGAAUCAACGGGCAAGCAAAGUUUCGAGCUAAGU